CGCAUGGUGAUGACGUCAGUCAACACCCCGCUCAUCUUAAAUCAUAUGGUAACAGCUUUCUGAACAAAACAGGAACAAUAAAAUCACCAACACUAGUUAUGUCUGUAAAUUAUGCCGCCGGGCUUUCGCCGUAUGCAGACAAAGGCGUCUGCGGACUUCCUGAGACAUUUGAUAAUCCAGAGGAGCUAAAGCUGAAGGUGGAGACUCUAGCCCAGUUGAUUAAAGAGUCUCAAUACCUAGUUGUCCACUCUGGAGCAGGAAUCAGCACCUCAGCAGGAAUCCCUGACUUCAGGGGUCCAAAGGGGGUGUGGACAUUAGAAGAAAAGGGCGAGUCACCUCACUUCAACACCACAUUUGAAGAGGCCCAGCCCAGCUUAACUCACUUGGCCCUCCUGGGCCUGCAGAGGGCCGGAUACCUCAAGUAUCUCAUAAGCCAGAAUGUGGAUGGCCUGCAUGUCCGAUCAGGAUUUCCCAGGGAUAUGUUAUCAGAGCUUCAUGGAAACAUGUUUGUGGAGGAGUGUGAGAAAUGUGGCCGGCAGUAUGUCAGAGAAAAAGUGAUCGGUGUGAUGGGCCUGAAGCCAACAGGACGUUACUGUGAUGUGGUCCGCUCCAGAGGACUUAGAGCCUGCAGAGGGAAACUAAUUAGCACCAUUCUGGACUGGGAGGAUUCUCUGCCCGACAGAGACCUGAACAAAGCAGAUGAAGCCAGUCGACGAGCAGACCUGGCACUGACCCUCGGCACGUCCUUGCAGAUCAAACCCAGUGGGGACCUUCCACUCCUCACCAAGCGCAAAGGAGGGAAAGUAGUCAUCGUCAACUUGCAGCCUACCAAGCACGACAAGCACGCACACCUGCGCAUCAACGGUUAUGUGGACGAGGUUAUGAAACAGCUGAUGGAGCUGCUGGGAUUGGACAUCCCAAAAUGGGAAGGACCGACUGUCUGCGAAGGCUCUUCUGCCACAUCUGAGGCCGAUGUCAAACCACCACGUGCAGUGACUGCAAAGGGAAAGAUGAAAAAGGAACUCAUUAAGGAGCAGAGGAAAAGAGUGGCAUUGUCAUCAAUGGAUGAUGGGAGCAUUAAGGAGGAGGUGGUUUCAGUAAAGCGUGAGAAAGCAGACUCUAGCAGUGAUACAUAAAGAGAAAUAGCCUUAGGUGUUUUUCUUUUUCACAAUAACACCUCAACACGAACCCAUCCAGGAACAAAGUUUACAAGCAAGGGUGCUCAGUUUCAUCACCUUUACAGAGGAUGGAGACCCUUAACGUCCACCAGCCUCUGGAGCACACACUUGUAUUGUAUUGCUUUGGUUUUGUCAAUCCUAGAGUAGUCGCACUUCUGAAGCUUGCUCACUCACUCCAGUGAAGUCUCACAACUUGAUCUGCUCACUUUAUAGGAAAGAUGUUUGUUUUGCAGAUUUUUUUUAUUAUUAUUUCUGGUUAAAACGUUUACCUAAAAAAAAAAAUGACCAAUGCUCAGCCGGCACUAUGACUGUUUCUCUCUAGAGCGAGGAUUUAAUUUAGGUCAACGCAGUGGAAUAUGGAAGACAGGAGCCUUUUUCAACAGAGCCUUUUGUUUAAACAUGUGAGGUUGCUGCACCUUAUGAAGAGCAUAAUUCAUAUCCAUGUGCUGCUUUUGAUUGGACUACAAUCACACUGUACAUUCCUUGGAACAUGAUUUUAUCUCAGGAAACAGCAUUGUAGAUACAGAAAGUCAUUUUACAGUUUUGUUAUAUGUAAAUAUUUUUUAUUCCCAUUAAAAAUAAGUACCCCUGUG